AUGCGGAACAGGAAGUAAAUCAAAGCCAAUGAAACAAACGUGCGGAGUGUAGGUUAGUCAUCCUGUCAUCUAGAAGGUUCUAGAGAAAGACACAGCUGUACGAGAGCGUCAAGUGUUUUUAUGGCCAGAGCAGCAUUUUAGAGGAAGAACAUGUCCGUCAUAGCCGAAGACAGUGUACGAGGUUCUGUUUUCAAGGAUAUCAGCGCCGAUGAUGAAGACGGACAGCCCACGGAGAUAGAGAGCAUGUGCAUGAACUGCCACGAAAACGGCACAACCCGCUUACUUCUGACCAGAAUCCCGUUCUUCAAGGAAAUAAUCGUCAGCUCCUUCAACUGUGAUAACUGCGGUUGGUCCAACACUGAAAUCCAGUCUGCGGGUCGGAUUCAAGAGAAAGGCGUGUGUUAUACCCUGAAGCUGAAGACCAAACAGGACUUGAACCGGGAGGUGGUGAAAGCAGACAGCGCAACCACCAGGAUCCCUGAGCUGGAUUUUGAAAUCCCUCCAUUCACACAGAAGGGUUCUCUUUCUACCAUCGAGGGUCUUUUGGACCGGGCUGUAGCAGGUUUGGAGCAGGACCAGCCAGUGAGGAGGGCCAUUCAACCAGAUGUGGCUGAGAAGAUAGAUGAAUUCAUCCAGAAGCUGAAAAAGUUAAAGGAUGUUGAGCAUGAAUUCACUCUGGUGAUUGAGGAUCCUUCAGGGAAUAGUUUUGUUGAAAAUCCACAUGCCCCUCAAAAAGAUGAGUCUCUAACUGUGACCUGGUUCACAAGGACAUCCCAGCAAGAUGUUCUACUGGGGUUAAAGGCUGAUGAUGAUGAAGACAAUGAACCGGCUGGCAACGACUUGGAAACCAUGAGAAAUGAGGUUUUAGUAUUCAACACCAAUUGCCCAGAAUGCAAUGCACCGGCCUCAACUAACAUGAAGCUGGUCCAGAUCCCUCACUUCAAAGAGGUCAUCAUCAUGGCCACAAACUGUGACAGCUGUGGCCAUCGGACCAAUGAGGUGAAAUCAGGUGGAGCGACAGAAGAACUGGGCACCAAGAUCACCCUGCACAUCACCGACCCUUCUGACAUGACCCGAGACGUGCUCAAGUCGGAGACAUGUGGAGUCUGUAUACCAGAGCUGGACUUUGAGCUCGGGAUGGCAGCUCUGGGGGGAAAGUUCACGACUCUGGAGGGGCUGCUGAAAGACAUCAAAGACAUGGUGGUUGGCAAAAACCCUUUCGUCUCUGGUGACAGCGGCGUGGAAGAUCGGAUACAGAAGCUGAAUGAGUUUGGGAAGAAGAUCGACCAGAUAAUUGCUGGAGAAUUGGAUGUCCACAUCGUCUUGGAUGACCCGGCAGGAAACAGCUACUUGCAGAAUGUGUACGCCCCAGAACCAGACCCGGAGAUGACCACAGAGAAGUACACCCGCUCAUUUGAGCAGAAUGAAGACCUUGGACUGAACGACAUGAAAACUGAGGACUAUCAAGAAGAACACUGACAUGUCGCAUUAUAUCACUCUAUAUAUAAUUUGUGCCAUUUUCAUACAUUUUUGUUCAAAUCUGGGUAAAGUGUUAAUACAAACAGUGUGUAAUUAUCUAUAAGAAGAAUUCUAAGUUUGCUGAAUUUACACUGAAAAUAAACUCAACUGUGUCUGGUGGGUAUUAAAGUUUAAAAACCUUCAAAUUUGUGCUGUCUGAAUUUCUUGUACAUUCCAGAAGAUGGCGCUGUGUCAUCUCUGAUUAAAAACAUGUUUUCUUCUGGUGUACCACACACUGUGUAACCAAUGAUCUUAGUUCUACACCUGUAAGCGUGAUAUCUGCAUAAAGUGUUAUUUAAUUUCCCA